UAUUGAUAAGUUAUAACAGUUUUGCAACCCCUACACUCACAUUAUUGCCUAUUGUGCGAUAACUUCAUAAACUUUAUUGAUUUACUUAUUUCUUAAAAUGCUAAACUCGACAAGGAGGUUGUUAGGGCCUUCAGUAAUAAAUAGAACCUGGUCAUUAUGCAAGUCUUUACAUUCUGGCCCUGCAAACCCGAGACAAUCCAAACUUCUUGUGAACAAAGUCAGGCCAAAAAUAGACUCCUUUACAAUUAGAAAUAUGUUCAUACAGACACAGGAGACCCCAAAUCCAAACAGUCUCAAAUUUCUUCCUGGCAUUAAGGUUUUGGGUGAAAAACAGACGAUGGAUUUUCCCAACAGCAGAGAUGCCUAUUGUUCUCCUUUGGCGAAACUUAUAUUCAGGAUCAAUGGAGUUAAAUCUGUCUUUUUCGGCCCAGAAUUCAUCACCGUGACAAAAGUUGAUGACGAUGUUGAGUGGAGGGUACUGAAGCCGGAGAUUUUUGCAACGAUUAUGGAUUUUUUUGCAAGCGGCCUGCCUAUUCUCCAUGAUGUAAAGCCACCUGAUGCAAAUACUCAAAUAAAUGAUGAUGAUGAUGAAACAGUUCAAAUGAUCAAGGAACUAUUAGAUACUAGAAUUCGACCCACAGUUCAGGAAGAUGGAGGAGAUAUUGUCUAUAUGGGUUUUGAUGAUGGCGUGGUAAAAUUGAAACUCCAAGGCUCCUGCACAAACUGUCCUAGCUCAGUUGUGACUCUUAAGAGUGGAAUUCAAAAUAUGCUGCAGUUCUACAUCCCUGAGGUUGUAGCUGUUGAACAGGUCGAAGACGAAAUGACAAUUAUGACAAAAUACGAGUUCGAGAAAAUGGAAAGGAAGAUCCGUGAAAGUGGAGAAAAGGAAGGCAAAGCAAAGGAAGAGAAAAAAUAAUCAUAAUUUGUAAAUACUUACUUGUAAAUAUCGAAUGUUAUUAGUGUUUUGAAUUUAAAUGUAAAUACAAGAGUAUAUGACUUUUCA